GAUGUUCACAUUGUCAGUUUGUGAUUGAGAGUCAGCCAAAAUGGAGGGGAUCCGAGAAGACGGAAAGGACGUCUCAAUUGGAGAAAGCUCGGAGAAAGCUGGGGGUAGCAAAAGGGGACCUCAGGAAAACAGGGAAGGGGGAAAUGAUAUGAGAACAAGUCCUUGGAACUCAGCAGGAUCCACCCCUAAGAAGACGAAAGUCUUGGAUACCAAUCACAAAUUGGAAGAGAUAGAGAAGCGGACCGCGGAAUUUAAGGCAAGACUUAUCGAGCAGAUGAUGGCUGGGGAUGAGGAGGACCUCCAGGAUGCAGGGUCACGUGAGGGACGCAGGGCCGGUCAGGACGAGGCUAGGUAUGUGGGGAAGGAUGAUAGUCACAAAGGAAUGUCUAGCAAGAAGGGGAAGGACAAGAGCGACCCCCCGGCGGAAGGAACGGAAAACGCUAUGACCCCACCCGCCAUUGACAGCGACACUAGCAGACUACCCGCCACGCCGAAAGUAACAGGGGCGUGUGACGGACUCUGGAGCCUUAGGGAGAGAGUGCUAGGAUGGUUCGACCCAGAAGGAACACCGAAAACCAGGGAGAAGCAGAGGGAAAGCAAGGAAGGGGAAGGAGCCAGUGCAGCCGGGGAAGUGGGUGGCUCCGAAGACGGUCUCAAGAAAGUAGUCGCCACCCUCAACAGGACACUGAACAAGAACCAGGGGAAUCUCGCAGAUGCAGAAAAGAAACUCACGUUCGAUGGGGCCAACAUUACGGAGUUUCUAAUAGACUAUGAGAACCUAGCAGCCUUACUGAAAUGGACAGAAGAGGAAAAGAUGGAGCACCUAGGACAACACGUAUCACUAAGCUUGGGAAGGGACAUUAUGGCCAUCGUCGCCUCCAGUGGAUCCUGGAAAGAAACCAGGAAUGAGAUGAUGAGGAAAUACCUGAAGGCAGAGAAAAUGGCAACAGAGGCCGAAUUAGCUGCAGUCCAGAGGAAAAACUAUGCGACUUACAAUGAUUUCCUAAGGGCAUUCACGACACGGAGGAGGCCGAGGCGCCGCAAGGAGUCUCCAACCUCCAAAGCAUUCCAAGGGGUCAUAAAUGCGGUAGCAAAAGCUCAGAGGAGGAUGCGCGCCGUCGCAGGAGAUAUGUUUCCGGAAAAGUGUGAACCAUAUAUAGAUGAUAAUCCCGUAAAAGGCGCAAGGUACAAGGACGAGACGGAGGUUGAGCCGGGUGUACGAAAGUUUGUUUGGGACCACCUGCAGGAUAUUAAGGACCUACUCCAGCGCUUCCUCGUUUACAAUAUUACUGCAAGCGGACCCAAGAGCAUCCUGACCGUCCCGGAAGUAACCAUACUGGGUUUUCGUUGUGGACCUUAUGGGAGGAGACCCGAUCCAGCAAAGACUGAUAAGAUCUCUCAGUGGCCGACACCCCUGCGUACCACGACGGAAGUACGAGCCUUCCUAGGGGUGGUUGGCUUCUGGAGGAUCUUCAUCAAAGGUUUCGCAAAGAUAGCAGAACCCAUCCGCGCGAUGAUUAGGGAAGGUGGCACUAUGGAUUGGACAGAGGAUAGGGAAGAGGCAGCCCAGACCCUGAAAGACAUCCUGUCGUCCGAUCACGUCACGUUAGCAGCACCCUGUUUCAAUGACGAGGUAGGACGACCCUUCAUCUUAGAAACAGAUGGGGGACCAUUGGCAGGGGGAGGAGUAUUGAUACAGAGAAGCGAGGAGGGCCAAGAAAGACCAAUCAGAUUUGAAAGUAGGACCCUGAAUUCAGCAGAACGAUGGUAUUCGCAGUUCAAGAAGGAGAUCUUAGCAAUUCUGCAUUGUCUUAAGACCUUCCAGGCAUACCUGUUCGGGAGGCGAUUUAUCCUAAGGAUCGAUCCCACCAACGUUGCCGGAGCCCUUAAGAACUACAAGCCCAUAGACCCGACUGUCGGCAGAUGGAUAGGCUUCAUAUGGCAAUUCGACUAUAAGGUCGAGCGAAUUGCACGGCUUCAAAAUAGGGCAGAUGGGUUGAGCAGGGUUUGUAUCUCGCCAGAAGGAGUAGAGGACGCAGAACCAAUUGACGCCUUCCUGGAGUACGAAGGAGGGACCCUUGUCGUGGAUAAUGAGAUGGCAGAUGCGGCAAUUACAACAGGACAGUUGCUGAUUCAGACCCUGGAAAAAGGCGCACCUGUAGUAGUUGCAGAACUCAGGGAAGGACCAGUCACCACGGUCAGGCGCAAAGAGGAAAAAGACUCGUGGGGAGCAGAAGUAGGGGCCAGAGAGGAAUUGAUGGCAAUGACCGUGGAAGGGGGACGGGACGCCGUAAUGACAUUGGCCGAAACCUGGGCGCAGAAGGAGUGUCAAUACCUAGUCAACCUCACUCGGGAGGAGCAGGGUGCGGAUCAAAACGAACACGAAUUCUUCCUCAUACAAAUGUAUGAGGGCGUUUUCAAAGAAAUCGGGUUGCUGCUUGUCGGGAACAAACAACCCACGGAAGUCAGUCCCCAAGCAUGGGAGGAAGUAGAAAAGUACGUCCUAAGAAAUGGCCACCUGUUCAAGAGAGAGGAAGGGAUGAUACCUAGGCGUGUCGUUUGUGGGAGGUCUAGGCAGCUAGACGUAAUCCAGGCAAUGCAUGACGGGCUAGCUGGAGGUCACCGGUUGUCCAAGGGGACACUUGCAAAGAUCGUGCCCCUAGACUUUUGGCCAAGGAUGGCAGGCAUGGUCGCAACAUAUUGUCAAACGUGUCUGAUAUGUCAAAAAAGAAGCGUCGUACGAGUUUACGAGCCCCUUAGACCCACCCGGGUACUGGGACCCGGACACCUUGUUCACCUCGACCUUGCCGUUAUGCCCGUAUCAACGGAUGGGUUUAGAUACAUCUUGGAUGCAAGGGAUAAUCUCAGUGGCUAUGUGGAAGCCAUAGCCCUCAAGAAGAAGACGGGGAAAGCGGUGGCCGACUGGGUGGAAGAUUUUUACCUAAGGCACCCCUUCGUGCGCAGGUUUAUAGCAGACAAUGGGACAAAAUUCGUUAACCAGGAAGUGUUUAACACGCUUAAGACACUGUGUAUACCGAUCAAGAUCACCGAGCCCUACCAUCCUGAGGCCAAUGCACCAGUAGAAAGGGGUCACCGAACUUUGAAGAACACAAUCGCAAAGUUGGCAGCAGAUAAUUUGGGAAGUUGGCCACGGUUUCUCAAGCAGGCAGUCUUCGCCGAGAACAUGACUCCAAAAAGAACAACGGGAUGUAUUCCAGCAGAACUCUGGUAUGGAAGGGAGAUCGAUUUUCUGAUAGAAGCUUUGGUCCCUACCUGGAACAGGCUAGAUGACGAUCCACACUUGAGCACGGAAGAGUUAAUCACCGCACGUUGUCAGCAGGUCGCCAGGAAUGAGGAGGCACUCGAGGAAGUAGUCAAUCAGGUGACGGACAGCCGAAUGAGGGAUAAAGCAAGAUGGGAUCAGGUUAAGAACAUUCGGAAGGAGCCACUCCAAGUGGGGGAAAAAAUGCUAAUUAGGAACUCGGCUCUUGAAAGCACAUGGUCCGGGCAGCUGGGAAAACGAUUCAAAGGGCCCUACAGGAUCGCUAAGCGGGUGGGACUGAACACGUUUGAACUUGAGGAUCUCGAUGGUACUAGCAUAAGAGGGUCAUUUCCGGGACAGAGAUUGGUCAGAUUUUCGAGCAGGAAUCCGGUGGAACAGUGGCUACAAGAGGCCCAUGACAGGGAAACUGGGGAACUGGCAGCCUGAAAGGCAGGCAGCUGGCUAUAAGUUCUGGACCGCCUCCCUGUGGGAGUGAUCAUGACCAUGGGGAUUGUUCGUUUGUGUGUCUUGACUUUUGUGGAACAUG